AUGCCUAGCUCCAAUACCUUUCUGAGCGGUCUCGCUGCCUUCGCUGCUCUCACCCAAUUGGCAUAUGCAACCACUUGCCAGCAUCAACCUAUCAACUAUAUUCCUUAUUGCCAGGAAACGACCGCCAUCACCUACUCAAACAUCGCUGACUCCGGUACCUAUCAAGAUGUUUCCAGCUAUGAUAUGGAUUCUUGCACUUGCUCUUUCACGCCUAAGGACUUCUCUGGUGGACUAGCUCCUUUGAACGAGGAGCUCUCUCUCCAUUUCCGUGGGCCUAUCAUCCUCAAGAAGUUCGCUGCCUACACCCCCAACACAAAGGCCAAGCGUCAUGAGGAUCACGUCCGCCGUCAUGCCCAUGGCCACCUACGCAAGCGUAACGAUAAUGUUCUCACAGUCACCUCAACUACUACCAUCACAAUCACUGUUCCUGCUCCAGAUGCCACUCCAGCUCCAGGUUCUGGAGAUCAAGGAAGCAAUGGAGGCUACGGAGGUACUGGAGCUGUAGCUUCGGGUGUGAAUGUUGAUACUGUUUCAAGCAAGGACAAAGACAAUGCAGAUAUUGUAUCUUCUAAGACAUCUGCUGCCGCCCCCGCUGCAAGUAGCGCGAGUGCUGUCACCGGGGACUGGAACCGAAUCUCAUUCUUCGACGCCGAGGCAGGUAAAGCUGAUGGCCUUGUAUUUUUGAACCACAUGGGUGGGCAAGGAUCUGGAACAUUCGACAAUUGCUUCGGAAACUCAAUCUCUUACGCCAACGGGACCGCCAAUGGCGGUUCUGCAAAGCCCACUGUUUUGGAAGAUAUUCUGAUUCCUUCCAAUAACGAGUUCAUUAUUAUGACCGACCGUCCAUGCGAAGGAAAUGACUGUGGGGUCCACCGCCCUGGAAUCCCAGCCUACCACGGAUUUGGAGGCGAUAACAAGGUCUUCCUCUUCGAGUUCCAAAUGCCCGAAGACAAGAACUGUCCCGAGUUCAACCGCAACAUUCCCGCUAUCUGGGCACUCAACGCUAAAAUCCCUCGCAACGUUCAAUACGGAAAAUGCUCUUGCUGGGACACUGGAUGUGGUGAGAUCGAUCUCUUCGAGACCCUUGUUGAUGCCGACGACUUCCUCAAGACCCAUUACCACUCCAAGCAGGGUGCCAUUGGCAAGUACGGAGGCGGUGGUGCUCCCGACUUCUUUGCCAGGCCUUACUCAAAGUCUAUCCAGGCUGCUGUUGUUUUUUCGGGUACGAGUGUUACCAUCAAGGUUCUCGAUGAGGAUACUUCAUUUGCCGAUGCACUGAGUAGUGACUUCGUCAAGGGCUGCGAGAAGAGCGUCUCAGUCUUCGCUGUUCCAUCAUAA